AAAAAAAAAAAAAAUUAGCUGGGAGUGGUGGCUUUCACCUCUACUCCCAGCUACUCAGGAAGCUGAGGUGGGAGGAUCACUUGAGCCUGGGAGGUUGAGGCUGCAGUGAGCCGCGAUCCUGCCACUGGACUCCAGCCUGGGUGACAGAGCAAGGUUCUGUCUCAAAAAACAAAACAAAACAAAACAAAAACAUAAAGACCUGGACUAAGUCUGUUUUGUCUACUUCAUGUAUUUCCUGGCUCAUAUUUGUCAAAUGAAUGAAUGAACGAAUGAAUGCUUCUUAAGAUCCAGGUCCUGGGCCUCAAAGUGGAGGCAGAUCUUCUCGUCUGUUUUUCUAUUUUCUUUUUUUUUUUCUUCUUUUCUCUUUUAAUUAUUAUUUUUUUUAAUCAGGCAGCUUCCAGAGCCAGAGUAUGCUCAGAGAGAUGCCCUCUCCUUGUCUGUUUACUGAAUGUGUUUCCAGCUUGCAGAGUGUUACUUUCAAUUCUGCAAAGAGGAGGUGGGGAGGGCAGCAUGCACUAAGAUGUUCCUCCCCCCAUCCCACUAACCCCAGGAAACAGAUGGUAAAAUGCUUAAGACACUGCUGCUUCCCUCAGCACCCUUGCUGCCCCACCCCCCAGCCCCAGACUUGGCUCCUUCUCUCCUAAGGCUGAAAUGCAAUCAGCCCAGAUGGGCUCUGGCAGUCAACUCUAUCCUUCUAACUCUGGGCACCAAGCUGGGUGGGAUGAAAGUCUGUAUUUAGUGAGCUAUUUUCCUUCUUCUUCCCGCAAACUUCCCAGCCUUCCUCAAUCCUCUUAAACUUGUGUUCACAUUCCUUUUUUAAUACUCCAAGUGCCAUUUCUCAGGCUGUAGCUUAACUCAUUCUACAUCAGUCUGACAGCAACACAUUCAUCCUGUGUGCAGGGUUCUGGACCAGGCAGGGAGUGAUUGGGCUGGGGGGGAGGUCAUAUGCUGAUUAACAAGAUAUGAAUCCCACCCUGGUACUCACAGUUGAUGGGAGGAAACAGACUUGCCUGUCUAUAAUCCCAGUGUAGGGAGAAGCCCCAUGUGGCUGGAGAACCAACUCAGGGCUGGGGAAGCAGGUGGCUUUUACGGCAGGGCAGCUAAUGGGUCUCAGGCAUUCUUUCUGAGAAGGUGAAAGGCACUCAAGGAGGAAAUGCAGAAGGAAAGGCACCAUCAGAAAGAGCCAGGCAUGUGUAGGCAGGAACCAGUAGAUACAGAGCCUGGGAGAUAAACCUGUGAAGGCAGGUGGGGGCUGUUCGUGGAAGCUCUUGAAUGUCAAGUGGAGACUGAUCUGAAUCCAGUGAGCAAUAGGGAGCCAUUGAAGAUCUAUGAGCUGGGGGAGUUACAGACCCUGAGCUGUGCUUUAGGAAGGUUAAUAGGGGCCAUGGAGAGGAUGCCUUGGGAAAGGAGAGGUAGAGGCAGGGAGACCAGUUAGAAAGUUGUUACCUUAAUGGAGGGUUGUUAUCUUAGUGGAGGCUGCAGGAAGGCAGUACAGUGGGGUGGAAGGAGCUGGCUCCCUGGUGUGUUGGCUGGAUAUCCUGCUAACCAUUCCUGCAGCCUGAGGGCACGUUGCCUUUUGGACUUCUCCUUUUGUUAUCUGUUUUUUUUUUUCUCCCCCCAGCUUAAGCAAAGAAAGAAAUUCACAAGCAACAGCAGGAAACUCCUCCUUCCAUUCCCUCCUCAGGCCUUGCCUCCUGGUUCUCUGUUGGCCCACGUACUCCUCUGCCAGGUAUCUGGGGCCUCUCUGCAGGGUCUCCAGCCGGCCGAUCUCUCUUCAUGCUCCAUCCUUGUCUUCAGGCGCCCACUUUUGGGGAUCAGGAAGCUGUGCCUGGGCAGUAGGUUUGUCUGUGAAUUGUAGGAGUACUGAUUUAUCCUAGAAGUUGCCAAGCAUCAAGGGGAGACCCUGCCCUUCCCCAGGGGAAUGCAAUUUGAGUGGGCCCACAAGACCCACGCUAGUGAACCAACUGCACAUCUGUGGAGGGUUGGAAUAUUCUCCCAGCUCAGAGAGGAUCGGUGAGCCCUGUCUGUACUACACAGCUGGUAGGUACAGAAAGUGGGUCGCCUGGGGUUUUGCUUCAGUCUAGUGCCCUAGACAUGGCACUCAGAGGAGGGAGAGCUGGGAUCCUGUUCCGCGCGCAGUGCUGAGUCUCCCCUGAUUUGCGGUAGUGGAGCAGUCCACCCGGAGAACUCUGGAGUUUUCGCAGGGCGAGGGGGAGGGCUGGAGCCUGGAACCCCCAUAUUCCUUGCACCUCUCGGGCCCGGGACAGGCAGCCCUUAGUCACUGGGGUGUCCAUAGCGCCCACGAAGGGCCAGCGUCCCAGAGGGUUCCCAGGUCAGGUUGGUGACGCGUGGGGCUUCCCUAACUUCAUAGGCAAAAUCCGCCAGACCCUCCCGGGGGAGCGGAGCUCCGAGUACCAGGGCCAACUCCGCUCCUGAGGCCGCUGAGCCCUCCUGCACCUGUCCGGCCCGGGAAGUGCCAUGGGACAGCUGAUCGCCAAGUUAAUGAGCAUCUUCGGGAACCAGGAGCACAUGGUUAUCAUCGUGGGACUGGACAAUGAAGGAAAGACCACCAUUCUCUACCGGUUCUUGACCAAUGAGGUGGUCCAUAUGUGUCCCACCAUUGGCAGCAACGUGGAGGAGAUCAUUCUGCCGAAGACCUGCUUCUUCAUGUGGGACAUAGUGAGACCUGAGGCUCUGAGCUUUAUCUGGAACACAUACUACUCCAACACUGAGUUUAUCAUCCUUGUGAUUGACAGCACGGACCGGGAUCGGCUGCUGACCACUCGGGAGGAGCUAUAUAAAAUGCUGGCCCAUGAGGCUCUACGGGAUGCUUCAGUCCUGAUAUUUGCCAAUAAGCAGGACGUGAAGGACUCCAUGAGGAUGGUGGGGAUCUCCCAUUUCCUUACUCUCAGCACCAUCAAAGACCACUCGUGGCAUAUACAAGGCUGCUGUGCCCUCACCAGGGAAGGGCUGCCUGCCGGACUCCAGUGGAUGGAAUCUCAGGCCUCUGCUAACUGAUGUUCCAGUCUGAGGUCAACCAGAAACUUUGGGGUUUUGCAUGGUCAACAUGGGUGGAAAAUCA